AGGCUAACGUACUGGAUCGUGCUGAACAGAAUCAAGAAGCACAUUGAAAAUCAAGAUAAAAUGUUUGGAGGAUUGUUUGCGAAGCCUAGUGUGAUUGACAACGAGAAACUUGUGUCUGAGAAAAAAAGAACGAUUGUUCAGUUGAGAAAGAAGGAGAGAAAGGAGAGAAAGAGAGAGGAGAAGCGGGAGCAGAGGACGAAUGAGGAGUCCGAAGAGGAGUCCGAAUUGGAGGCAGAGGACGAGGAUGUUGAGGAAAAAACUCAGGCAGCUGAGAAAGACAACGGCGACGUCAGAAUGGACGUUGACGAGCAGGACGAGGAGGACCCUGGUUUAGAGGACAAGUACAUGCAGAAGCUCCUACAGGAUGACGAAGACGAGGAAGAAGACGAGGAGGAUGACGACGAAGAUGAUAAGGAAAAUAGUGCCGAUGAAGAUGCUGAGAAAAAACAGGAGGAAAAAGCAGCAGGGGAGGGAGAUUCGCCAGCCGAGGGUGAAGCUUCGGAAAGGGCAGCCAGCGCAGCCAAGGUGCUGGAUUUGAAGGAAAAGGAGUUUGAGAAGGCUGAACGUACGAUAUUCAUUGGAAAUGUUCCGUCGUUGAUCAUGUCCAGCAAGAGAGACACGAAAGACUUCAAACAGUUCAUAAAUAAGUUCCUCGAGACGCCGGAAAACACGAGCAGCAUCGAGUCCAUCCGGUUCAGAUCGAUCCAUUCUACUUCGAACGCGCCACGUAAGGUCGCCUUUAUUGCAAAGGACGUCGACUUAGAGAAUGUUAUGAACAGUUAUGUCGUGUUUAAGAAGAAGGACGACUCGCUGAAGGCGCUGAAGCUCAAUGGUGUGCUGUACAAGGACCACCAUCUCAGAGUAGACCACUUGACGCACCCUACGAAGAAAGACAACAAGCUUUCUGUGUUUGUGGGGAACUUGGAUUUCCAGGAGAAAGAGGAGUCACUGUGGAAGUACUUCAACGACAAGCUCAUUGCCAAGGAGGACAAGAAGGACACCACCAACGUUAUCGACAACGUCCGUAUUGUGAGAGACCCAAAGACUUCGUUCGGCAAGGGCUUUGCCAUUGUCCAGUUCAGCGAUACCAACUAUGUCACUAAGGCGCUCCUUCUCGACGGCAAGAAGAUGGGCAAGCGGUCUUUGAGAAUAACCAGAUGCAAGAAGCCUAUGCGUAACAACGAGAAGAUGAGAAGUAAGUUUUCCAAGUUGAACGACCAGCAGAAGACGGUCGUCGGACGGGCGAAACAGCUAGGUAAGAUUGACCGUAGAACUUUGGGCCAGGUUGUCAUCGAGGGAGACCGUGCCACGAAGGGACAGACCGUGGGCGGCAUGGGCAAGAAAAGACAUGGAGGACGCAAGGAGAAGCGGGCCAAGAAGGCCAGAAUCACAAAGAGAAGCUCGGCUUUCAAGGAGAAGAGCGCCGACUAGGUGCUGGCGACUGUAUGUAGACUUGUAAACAGUAUAUAACGCUGCCUGCGUACUAGGCCGUUAUGUCUAAACGCAUCAUAACAUAGGAAGAAAGAGAGGAAGGGAAAA